AUGUAUGACAACAUCUCUGAUUUCACAAGAUAUGAUGACGACCAUGACCCCGAACACGGUGAAGAAGAAGUUUUACAAACAUCCAUUAAGACAGGAAAAGUUUUAACACAAAGUCUCAUUAUUGACACCGAAGAUGGUGAAGUGGAUGUUCUUCAAGAGCUGAAGAAAAAUACUUCUGAAGGAGGUGGUGGUAGGCAUGAACUUGAAAUAAAUGAGAUAGAAGAGAAAUUAGAUAAUAAAGCAGAUAAAAACCAUGUUCAUUAUAUAAGUUCAGAUGAACAGAUUAUAACGGAUUAUCAUGGAUAUUUAACACAGGAUGAAGAAGUGAAGACGAAAGAUGUUAAUGAAAGAAGAUAUAAAUUCAUUCGUGCUGAAGGUUAUGACAUACGCUGUACUGUACAGUAUGACACAGGUAAAGCACCAGAAGCAUUUGGUUAUAACGAUGAAAUUUAUGCUUCAUACUUCUUUGUUAACGGUGUAUUAGUUGAACCAAGAUUUAUGUUGAGAGUUAAGACAAAAAUAACUUUUGAAGAUGCUAUUAAAAGUAAAGCAGACAAAGAUGAACUUGACGCAAUGAACAAAGUUUUGAAAUCUCAUAAACACAAUAUCUCCGAUAUAAAUGAACUUCAAGCUACAUUAAAUAGUAAAGCAGAUAAGAACCAUACACAUGAAUCCUUCACUACUGUUAGAGCAGACGACAUAAUAUUGAACUAUACCCUCGGUUCAAGUGCACCUUUAGAGAAUCCAAGUACAAGCGUAAAAGAUACACUAAACUCCUUAAAUAACAAAUGUAUGAACAUUGAAGGUCAUGUCAGAAACUUUGAAACAUAUAAACUACCAGCAAUGUUAGAUAAGAAAGCAGAUAAAGAACAUACACAUAACUCCUUCUCAACUGUUGCUAUAGAAAGUAUUGAAGGAACGGUUGGCGGAACUGGUGGGGAUGCAUUAUAUUAUAAACCUCCUAACUUUCCACAAGGUUUAACAUCGAAUGAAAACAUAACAACGAAGAAAGAAAUUAGCUGUAAAAAUGUUUAUGUCAUGGAUGAUGAAAAUAAUGUUAAAUUCACUGCUCUAGAUUUAUAUGAUAAGAAAGCCGACAAAACAGAGCUUCAAACAUUAAAGACUGAAAUACUUCAAACAUUAUAUCCUAUAGGCUCUAUUUAUACGUCAAUGAACUCAACAAAUCCAGCAAGUGUUUUAGGUUUUGGUACAUGGCAGCAGAUUGUAGACAAAUUCUUAUACUGUGCUAACUCUUCAAAGCAAACAGGUGGUUCAAAGAAAAUUUUAGAAGCAAACCUUCCACCGCAUAAGCAUACAGGAACUACAAACUUUUCUGGCGACCAUAGCCACUCAUUAAGAGACCACCCAUUAUACAACUCAGACUAUGAAGCCGGUCAUGACGUUUUAUCUCCAGCUUAUAACAAUUCAGCAAAAAAGACUUUUCGACCAACUGAACCAGGAGGAAAUCAUUCACACACUUUCACAACAAAUCCAACAGGCUUGGGUGCAGAUUAUAUGCCACCAUUUAUAACUGUAUUCGCAUGGUACCGUCUUGAAUAA